AGGAAAUAAAGGGGUUAAAUAGAAAUAACGAGGUUUUUCUCUCACUGGCACCAACCAUCAAUAAAACCCUAGAGAACCUCCCAUUUACGAAUUCUCUUCUAUUCCAAUCUCCACGGCCGCAGCCAGCUUUUAACAGAUAAAGUUCAAAUCCGCUCGUUAUUAAGCAAUGGCCGUCACUUUUUACGACCUCAGCUCUGCGGCUGGCCUCAAGAAGCUUGAUGAGUACCUAUUAUCUCGCAGUUACAUUACUGGGUAUCAAGCUUCAAAAGACGAUCUCACUGUUCAUGCUGCCCUCUCAAAGGCCCCAUCAGCCAACUAUGUGAAUGCUUCGCGGUGGUACAACCACAUUGAAGCAUUGUUGAGGAUUUCAGGGGUUUCUGGAGAAGGAAGUGGUGUAACUGUUAAGGGAUCAGCUCCAGUUGCUGAGUCUGUUGCAACUCCACCUGCUGCUGACAGUAAGACCUCAGCUGCUGAGGAUGAUGAUGAUGAUGAUGAUGUGGAUCUUUUCGGUGAGGAGACUGAGGAAGAGAAGAAGGCAGCUGAAGAGCGAGCUGCUGCUGUGAAGGCUUCUGCAAAGAAGAAAGAAAGUGGGAAGUCUUCUGUCCUGUUGGACGUAAAGCCAUGGGAUGACGAAACUGAUAUGAAAAAGCUCGAGGAAGCUGUUAGAAGUGUACAGCAGGAAGGUCUUCUUUGGGGAGCAUCUAAACUUGUACCUGUUGGAUACGGUAUCAAGAAGCUGCAGAUCAUGAUUACCAUUGUGGAUGACUUGGUCUCUGUUGACAACCUUAUUGAGGAUUAUCUUACUGCCGAACCAAUAAAUGAACAUGUCCAGAGUGUUGACAUUGUGGCCUUCAAUAAAAUCUAAUUCGCUCUCUUCACCCAAUGGAUAGCUUAUGUGAGAAUGGGACUGCUCUGUUAUCUUCACUUCAUGGCGGGUUUUGCUGAUUUUCCGUUCAUGGCCUUCUUUUAAAUGUUUGGAUUAAUAAACUAAUAUUUGUUACCUGGUUUGGGCCAAGUAUUCGUCCGUUUAGAGGCUUUGGGAUUUUGGGCUUGUUGGAUUUAUGAUUUUUAAUCAACUGUCUUAAAUUUAGCAUUAAGUUUUUUUC